AUGCCCGACAACGACAACGACAGCGACAACGAGGGAACGGCCGAUUCAGCCCCUGCCACUCCCGCAACAAAGCUCGCCGCGUCGCUUGCGGCGGCGCGAAUUCAAAUCGACGAGGACGAGAUUUUGCUCGACUACGAUGAGGACUACAACAUCAGCAUCGCCAGCGAUGUCGACAUGCAAGAGGACGACGUUAAAGAAUUGAUGAUCAACGAAGCUCUUCGACCAAGCACUCCAGUUAACCAGCUUAAGACAGAAAAAAGAGACAGAGGAAACAUGGAUGACGAUACUUCUACUAUUACUAUAUCUAGCUCGGGCGAUGAUUUUCAGCAAACGGUCACAGCGAAUAUGGAUCGCGAAUCACUCGAUUUUCGUAAAAUGUUUGGACUGAAUCACGACCGAGGCAAUUAUCUUAGAGCAAGGACGAGCUUGGAGGGCUUUCAUACAUAUUCGUUUGCCGGAAACGAAGUUACUACUUAUUCAGCUGCCUAUGAUGGUUUCAGUUCAUAUGCCGUCGCGCUCCAUUCAAAAUCACGCAUUUGGAUACAGGACAAUAAUUCGAUCCCUCUGCUCGAUAUACAAAAAGCCGAAAAACGAGAGAAAGGAACGGUCAUGAACAAGAGCACAGCGCCUAUAGGAUUCAAGCCGACUGCCGUUGCGAUGCUCAAAGCCGGAUGCUUGGUCGUGCUGAGCCAAAACCAAAUCUUUCGCUGCACAAAUGAAGACGGGGUCUGGACCCACAAGGAAAUCGUUCGUUGGGGCUCGGAUGAGAUGGAUCCGUUUCGAGGCAUAGCCGCAGGCAGCAAACCAGAAGUCGUCUUUACUUACGCAAAGCGUGGCCAUCAAAUCUUCUGCUUCAAAGCAGCGGCUGAUUCGCAUAACAGCGUGGUUUGUUUUUACAAUUACGAAACAGCUCGCUACAGAUUGAACUACCAAACGGUCGACUUUGGGAAUGUCUCAUUUAUCGAUUUUAACAACGAAAGUGGAAUCCUCGCAAUGACGGAUCUUGCCGCUCAAGGAUGCAUUUCGUAUGUUUCUGGAAUUAAGGUAGAUGCGAAUGGUUGGCUUUUAGUCAUGGAUGCUCGAGGAGGGGUCCUCCAUAUCUUCAAUCACGAGCUUUGCCCCGUUUCGAUCAUUCCGGUGAAACAUAAAGAGCCAAAUCCAUUUAUCGCCGGAUUUGCUUUGUCUCCACAUGGUGCAAUCAUGGUGUCUCCACUUAGAAAAUCUCGAACAUCGAACGAACGAACCAAGUGGUUCAUGUACAAAUUUGAAGAAUCCGGCGAAGGCGGAAAAAACCUCUUUCGA